AAACAGAAAGUCAACAUUGCGAUAGGAUGUCUAGAAAUUAUCAAGUAACUAUUCAUAGCUUCUUUCAAUUAUUUCUUGGAAGUGAAUGCUUGAUUACAAUUGUAACGAGUAUAGGAUUUACAACGUUAUUUUUCACUUGUUGGAUCAUAAGUAUUUCAGUUCACAGCAUAUAUAAUUAAAGUUGCAAUGAAAGAUGGAUUCAUUUAGAUACAGCAGAAUUAACAAAUGACUUGAAUAACCGUGUAUAUGGAGAACACAUCGCCGUGAUGACAGUUGUUAAUAACCUUAAUGCUCAUUUCAUGAAUGAAAAUCCGUCCAAAGCCUUGACAUUUUCCUUCCAUGGCGGACCAGGAACCGGAAAGACUUUAAUCACCAAAAUAUUAGUAGAUCAUUUGUACAAAGAAGGCUUUAAACGUCAGUUUGUUAAUAUGGUUGUAGCUACUAGAGAUUUUCCUCACAAACGGAAUACAGAUGAAAAUAAUAUUAAAAUUAGAAAAUUAAUAGAAGAUAGAGUAAAACAAUGCGAGCGAUCUAUGAACAACACUGGUCCACUGUUAAGCAAACAAAUGAUUGAUUUCUGGCAUGACGGCAAGAAGCGUGAAGAAAUUGAUUUAAACGAUUUGGAAUAUGUACUGGCAAAAUCUGCUACUAUUUCUGAAGGAAGUGGAUAUUACAAGAGUGAUCUAAUAUUCCAUCACCUUAUCACAGCAUACAUCCCAUUUCUACCUAUUGAAAAAGAGCAUGUGUUUGGCUGCAUUAAACAUCACCUACUAGCGAAAAGGUAUUACAAACAUAACAUAGACAUUCCGAUUAAAACAAUUAAAGAAAUAGCUCAGCAACUCCAUUUUUAUCCAAAUGAAACAGACAAAUUGUUUUCAACGACAGGUUGCAAGAGGGUAGAAGAGAAAGUUGAUUAUGUAAUGGGAGGUACAAGUUGAUGUAUUGAAGAUGAACCACUAAGUGAAAAAAGAUGAUACAUCAAGAUUUUUCCAUGUUUUUCCUUUCGUUAUAGACUACUACUAACUCGAAGAUUUAUCCCAACUUUAGAAAGACUUUAAAGUGAGGAUUAUAUUAUGUAUUUCUAAUCUGUAAAGACUCCUUUGAAUAUGUGAACAAAGAGUGUUGC